UAUGAUAAUCAAGCUAAUCCUAGACAACCAGGAAAGCUAAGAAUAACCAGCUGAACCUUAGCUCACGUUACGUAUAUCCUGACAUAGCCGAGCAAAGCCACUGCUAAUUUUUUCUUGGGUGUCGACCGUGGUCUCGACCACGGUGUAAGAAGAACCGUGGUCUCGACUAGCGGUUUUCUUUUUGAAUUUCUAGUUGGCAACACUGCUUAGAACCCACUGCGCCUGCGCUACACUUCCUCCAUGCUGCGCUACUUCGCUUCAAUGAGCCGAUGAAAUUGGCCGAUGCCGCUGUGCCCGCUGGUAGAGAAUGCGCUCUGCAAGUUGAUUCUUUAUUCUAUGCCGUUCUGCGCGAGCCACGCGUAGCCAUGUUCACGCUUUCUUUCUCAGAGCGACGCAACCGGUGGAAUUGUUUCGUCUGCCGCAGCUGAUCACGAUCUGCCCCAGCAGAUGACUCGGGAGUGCGCGCCGCGGAAGCCAGACGCAAAUCAAGGCUGUAACUGUACAUGCGUACAUGUCCCUCAAAUUCUUUGCCUCAAUAUAUCGCGAAUUCAAACAACCUAAGGAGCUGCGCUCAAAUUUGGCAUUAGGGAGUGUCGUAUUGUAAUCUAUAUCAGUGACCUUCCCGAUAAACCUAGCUCUUCCAUAAUGUUGCUUGCCGAUGACUCCUAUACCGUAGUAUAACCGAUAAAAUUUAUAACUACCUUCUUCAAACCGAUCUUGACUAUAUCUAACUGGUGUAGUACGUGGCUAAUGACCCUUAACCCAACCAAGUGUAAAAGCAUGACAAUCUUUCUUCCAACUCUUCUGAACUUUUUGACUUGAGUGUGAAUGGAACCAAACUCGAAUAAGUUGGUAAUUAAUAUACCUUGGCAUACAUAUAACCAACGAUUUGUCCUGACACUCUCAUAACUUGCAUCACUUUUUGUUACCUACGCCGAAAUUUUUGGCAUCCACCCACACCCCUUAAAUUAAUGCUUUGUCAAACAUUAAUCUGUCCAAAGCUUGAAUAUGCUUCAGUGAUAUGGCACCCGACUCAAACUACGCUAAUUAAUGUUUUAGAAUCCGUUCAGAACCGGUCAGUUCGUUUAUUCUUAAUACCUAUGAUCACGCUGUAGCGUCACAUCGAUGAAGUUGACUCUUUGACUCCUGCACUUGAUAGUGAGAAGAAUUUCCCAUCACUUUUUUCUAAGUUUUUUGCAUAAUCAAGCACUGCGUCAGGAGUUCAUCACGCAACCUACUCACUCUUCAUCUUGUGUUGACCAGCCAAACAAAGUAGCCGUUCCUUUCUGCCAAACAAAUCUGUUUUUACAAUUUUUUUGCCAGAGACAAGUAGAGAGUGGAAUCGCCUUCCUCCCUCCAUUGUUCACAGAAUACAGGACUGCUUUCAAGUCUGCAAUCACUGACCACUUUUUGAAGUAGCUGCAAUUGUGGUUUUAGUGCGAAAGCACUACUAGCCUCCGUCGGUUUUCCGUUGACCAGAACAUUUUACGGAAAACCAUUCCACGAAUUGAACUGAAAAGUGGCUAUCUCCAUUGGAAUUACACAUGCAAGCCACACCCCAGUGUUCGUCUCAAUAGUAAAGAACAAAGGGGUCAAAACCACAUGAUACAUGGUAAGGUGCAUUCGAACAGUGCGAAGCACGUAGGGUUCGCCGCUUGCAUUUCCCAGUAAAGAUUAUGGUUGCAUAGCUGCACAUGCCGCGAAGCAGCAACUGUAGCAUACGAAGCAGGGAGUGACGUCACUACACUUUCAAAAAGAAGAACCCGCCUAGCAGCUGAUUUCAUUUGUGUUGUGAUAGUGAUAUGGGAAGGCCACGCAUAGUUAGGACUCCCGAAGAGCAGCGUGAAUAUGAUGAGCGGCGGCGGGAACAGCAACGUCAACUUGCACAACUGCGCCGUGCUCGGAAUCGGCAGGACCCAGUGGUUCGUGCCCUAGAGGCUCAGCGUAAGCGCCUAGCACGGCAAGGCAAUGCAGAACUUCGUGAAGCGGUGAACGCAGCCAGAAGACUCAAGUACCACAUCUGUCAGAUCAGGUGAUACCACAGCUUCGCUGGCCAACCACCUUCACAGAGUGGAUUGGAGCCCAAUCUUUUUUUUCCCUUUUAUUUCAUAUAAGGUUUGCGUUGACAAAUGUUUCAUACCCACCACCUCUGUAACAACCCAGAGGCCUUGAGGGUAUACUAAUAAAUAAAUUUAAAUUGGUACAUGGCCACAGGAUGAUGUAAUCAUGAGCUUAUUGCAGACAGUAAGAAGUGGAAAGAAACAUUUAAUGACAUUAAAGUUGCAUAUGAACUUGCAUAGUACAUACCUGCCAACCCUCCUCAAUGUUUUGUAGCGAGAGCUACAUUGGCCGUAUUCUCGCCAUUUCGCUGUGGCUGGUAGCCACACCGCGAGCUUAGCCGUUGCCUAGCAACCGCCGCAGCUGGCAGCACCGCUCACCACGCCAUCUGGCAUGACAUCAGAGGAGGAGCCGGCGUUGCAUCGUAUAUAUAGAAGGGGCGGCUCGGCGGGAUUCGUCGGCAGAUAUGGAAAGUGAGUCAGAGAGACUGAAAGAAGCCAGGCUUCGUCGUCGGAACGAAACCAAGAAGAGGCAGCGAGCCGAGGAGACGGAGGAAGAACGAGCCGCACGCCUCGAGAAGCGUCGUAAGUACGAAGCGGCCAGGCGAGUGCAUUCAGAUGAGGAUGGCUCGUCGUCUAGUUCGGCAUCUCGUGCCAGGGCUGCGGAUCAACGACGGAAUGAAACCAAGAGGAGGCAACGAGCUGCAGGGACAGAAGAAGAACGUGCUCGGCGUAUCGAACAGAGACGGCAGAGUGAUGCAGCUCGGAGAGCGGCACGCCUAGCCACCAAUACAACGCAGUUGGAGAGGAAGGCAGAUCCUGCUGUGCCGAGAACUGCACAGUGUGUCGUGCCAGUCUGCCACUCGCGGUCGGCACCCAGCUCCAUCCUGUACCCCUUGCCUGCUGAACCGACCCAGCGCCAGGCUUGGAUUGACUUUGUGCGCGGGUGCCCCUGUGGUGGUGGCAGUGACUGGAACCCGCCGACCAAUGAGAUCAGCUUUGUGUGCUCGCUGCACUUCGCAGUUCGCUGCUUCUGGUUCCAGCGACGACGUGGCUGCACUGUGGGCUAUAGCAAGCGUCUAAGAAGUGGCGCAGUGCCAACGCUGUACCCAGUUGAAGAGGAGUGCAGUUCAGCGGCCAAUGCAAAUUCCCCUGACGACACUGCAGAACGUCUGGCUUCCUCUGACGUUGAAGAUGCAGAAGGGAGGACAUGCAAUUCAUUGGCUUCCAUCCAGUCAGUUGCAGGACAAGAUAGAGGACACCAUGCAAUUGACCAGGAUGCAGUGCGGAGGUUGGCGCGUCUUGCAAGAUUCGAGCUCAUCUUCCCCAAGGACGUCUCCACUCAGUGUAGUGUGAAAAUGGCCUCAAAAGCUGCCAGCUGUGAUGUCAGAACUGUGUCUAAGUCGGUGCAGUGCAGUGUGUGAAUGGUGUUCUUUUUAAGAGAUACUUUAGUACUAGAAGAUCUUACCCGUGUGUGUGUGUGCACUGCCAUGCCUAUUCCACUGACCCAAGUGCCUGAGUGACUGUGCAGUUCUGCUGCUGUGAGAACCAAAGUUGCGGGUUUGAUUCCCGGCUGUGGCAACUGCAUUCUGCUGGGAAGCACAAAGCAAGACUGCUCCUUCAUCAUAUUGUCAUCGCGGGCAAGAAACCAAGUGAUUGAAUGCUUAUUGAGGACGAUGGUGCAGAACUUGUCCAGGGAAUCGGAAGGUGUAGUUUGAGGAGCCAUAGACUGCUCAGCAGGCCUGUCUCUCUCCUCGGCGUAUGCUGGAAGUGUGUGCACGGCAGUUACAGGAGCCUGUUGGAUGUGACCUUGCCGUGUAGUUGUGAAAAUAGUCAAGCCCUACAGUCGAGCCCUACCCUGUAAAACAGUUGUGCCCUACCCUGUAAACAGUCCAAGUUUACUGACUGCAGUUGACUGAGCAUGGUGCUGGGUGGGGGGGCAAAUGGGACGGCACUAUCGCAAUGGCAGAUGUGCAUCAGUGUGGCCAUAGGUGGCGGAAAGCCUAUAUUAUGAUGGCUGACGUCGAAUGUGUUUGAGCUUUCAAUCGCCGUGCAGCAGAUGUCACACCAGCAUCUCGCAGACGAUUGGGAGAUAUGACGAGAUUGUACGGCUCACAUGAUCCAAUUUAUGGCUUGGACCACAAAUGCCCAGAAGAUGUGGAAGUGUCACAGCUAAGUUGUGUAGUCCAGACGCAAUACAGAUCAUUACACCCAGUCAUUGACCAUU